AGCGACCAUACCUUCUCUAGACCAGUGAUAUCGAUGCGAUAUCGCUCUGCACCAAUGCUUACCGCGGCAAUAUCGACGGUCAAGUGCGUGGGUCUGCAUUUGCCGGCCUAUCUUUCAGCACCCCCACCACCCCAACCGGUUGAGCAUAAGAACUAGAGGUCCACGUAGCGCAAUUGUAAUAGGCAUUCGGUUGCGUGAGCAUUGCAAGUCAUGAGUAAUUGCAAUAAGGACAUCCACUAUAGCAAUGUCUUCAACUGAUCUGCAGCCAUGGCAACUCCGUACGAAAGAGUACCGCGAGCAGGCAGCGGCCAAGAUACCAAAAGAGUGGAUACUGAAGCCCGAGUAUACCGCAGAUGGCGGACCUACCUCGUCACGUUUUGUACUUGACGUGCCAGCCAAAUGUGGCAUCCUAUCAGAACGAGAGCUGGACAUUACGGAGAACUACGACGCCGUUGCCCUUCUUGAGAAGCUUGCUAGCGGCCACUUUACCUCCGUUGAAAUCACCACGGCGUUCUGCAAACGAGCCGCGAUAGCGCAACAGCUGACCUGCUGUCUGACCGAGACCUUCUUCGGCCAAGCGCUUGAGCGAGCCAAGUACUGCGACGAGUAUCUUGCGUCUCACAAGACGCCUAUCGGUCCGCUACACGGCCUGCCUGUCAGUCUCAAAGACAGCUUCAAUGUCAAAGGCAUCAAUAGCACGAUCGGUUACGUUUCAUUCAUUGGCCAUGGACCCGCCCAAGACGAUGCCGCCCUGGUCAAGGUCUUGCUCAGCUUGGGCGCGGUGUUGUACGUCAAGACCAACGUCCCGCAAUCGCUCAUGACAGGCGAUUCGGAGAACAACGUCUUUCUGCGGGUUCUGAACCCGAACAAGCUCUGUCUUGGUGCGGGAGGUUCGAGUGGAGGCGAGGGAGCUCUGCUCAGAAUGAAGGGCAGUCCCAUCGGAGUUGGCACUGACAUUGCUGGCUCGAUCCGGAUACCAGCAUAUGUCAACGGCACAUUUGGGUUGAAGCCGACAAGUCGAAGAGUCCCGUACGGUGGGCAGAAAGGCUCGGGCAGGCCGGGUUUCUUCGGCAUCCUACCUGCUGCCGGACCACUGGCGCGGAGCGUUCGUGAUAUCAGUGCAUUCAUGGCAGCCGUGCUUGGUUACGAUUGUUGGACCGUAGACGAAGGCGUCAUUUCUGUACCAUGGCGACGCCUUCCUUCCCCUCAAGGCAAACUAACCUUGGGCUACUUACUGGAAGAUGAUAUGUUCCCUCUUCAUCCCACCGUCUUACGCACCGUGAAGACAGCGACUGCGAAGUUGACGGAAGCCGGCCACACCGUCAUCCCUGUAGCUGAACACCUACCACCAAAGAUUCUGGAGGAAGUCGUGGAUAGCGCCUGGUACAACUUCGGGAUGGACCCAGCACGCACAUCCGAGGGUCAUGUGAACGCAUCCGGCGAGCCUUUCGUGGCGUCCAUAGCGACUGCUACACCUCCAGCGUUAAAGCACUUCAAGCCCACGCUAGAUGAUGCUUACCGCUUCCAUGUCGAGCGGCAAGCAUUUUGUGCAAAGUUUAGGGAGUUGUUCGUCGAACAGAAGCUGGACGCCAUCAUACUGCCCGCAUAUCAAGCGACGGCUGUUGCGCACGACAAGUAUGGUGUGCCGAUGUAUACCGUGCUUGCCAAUAUGCUCGAUCAUCCGUCCAUUGUGAUGCCGUAUCUGAAGGCGGACAAGAAGCUCGAUGCCGAAUACCGGCGAGAUGUCUCGUACCUGCCUGCAUACGUCCCCGAUGAAGUCGAGGGAGCUCCUUGCGGCCUCCAGCUGGUUGGUCGACCGAUGAAAGACGAAGAGCUUGUGGAGCAUAGCCAGAUAGUUGCUGAUGCUCUGGGUAUCAAGCCGCUGUAGCUCAACCAGCUGCUUUGCUGCUAAACGAAUUGCUCUUGGACGCCGAAGCGCCUCCCAAGGGCCCUCCUACCGCUCCGCCAGUUACCAAGACUGCAGCAGCGAUCGCUAGGGUCCAAACGAGCCAUGGUGGGAGCC